AUGUCAUCUUAUUUAUUUGUAAAGCCAAUAGGUCAGAUCUUUCCAAAUACCUCUGUAGAGAUAUUUAGUGUAACUUCUGAUGAUACUGUUAACUCUGCUUUUAAAAAAAUGGUAGAGAAAAAGGUAUUAUCAUUACCAAUAUUCGAUACGGUUCAUAGAAGAUUUAACAAGUUUAUCGAUAUGGUUGACAUUGUUACCUUUUGUAUGAAACAUUUAACUUCAAAGGAAUUAAAUGAUAUGGAUCUAAACUUUAUCGUUGAAACAAAAGAUAUCUUUAAAUCUCAUAAAGUUGGUGAUAUUUGUGAUUUAUCUGAAAGAAAUCCAUUUUGUCCAGUUGAAUCUUCAGCACCAUUAAAUGUAGCUAUUGAAUUGAUGGUCAAAUGGAAUGUACAUAGAAUCCCAGUGAUUGACUCUGAAGGUAAUCUCAUCUCGAUCCUUACUCAAUCACGUGUCAUUGAAUAUUGCAACAACCAUGCUAUGGAAUUGAACAAUGAGCAUCAACUAUCCAAGAGAUUAGAUGAGUUACCACUCAUCGGUACAUCUCCAGUACUCUCUAUUGGUGAUGAUAAAAUGGCUAUCGAAGCUUUUAAAUUAAUCUAUGAUAAUAGAGUUAGUGCAGUAUCUGUAGUUGACAAGGAUGAAAUAUUGGUUGGUAACAUUAGUGUUAGUGAUCUUAGAAUGAUUGGAAGUGAUGGUAGUCUAUUGGGCAGAUUGUUCCUUCCCAUCAAUACAUUUAUGGCCAUGGUACCAAAAGACACCAAAUCACCAUUCUUUAAUGUCAUUUGUUGUCGUGACAGUACUACACUUGAAGAGGUACUUGUCAAGUUCCAAUUGUCAAAGGUUCAUCGUAUCUAUCUUGUCGAUGAUCAAAUGAAACCAAAGAGAUGUAUCUCUCAAGGUGAUAUUCUUAAAUAUCUUUCUCUUUAA